UACUUAUUUUUAAACAAAAAAAGUACUGACAGUUCGCAAUAGUAGAAAACACGAUGCGUAGAAGAGAUGGACUUUCGCGUCCACGUCGCUGUUAGUCGUCGUCGACCGUAUCGCAAAAAAUAUGUAAUGUAUGGCAGUAUUCUAAUGAUAACGAUUUGCAAGACAAUCAUUCGAUAAGCUGAUAACGUACACGCACACAUACACGCGCGCGCGCGCGCCUCGUUUUAUCGCUUAAUUGACACACAAGUGUAAUGAACACGCUCCAGACCCUGAUCGAGCAAUUUUAUCUCGUCAACGGAACGACCUGGGUGACUCGGAGUGUCAGUCGCGGUUAAACGAAUUAAUUCGUUUGCGCCUCUCGCCACAACUGGACGACUUCUUGACAGUCGCGAGUAAUCAAGUAUGUUCAUUGAAUUACGCGCGACGUCCAAUUAUCUCGAGAGCGGCCGAUUGUACCGCGCUAAUUAGUCGCAACUGCAAGCAACUCGUCGCCACUUUACGAAUAAAGCGGCAGCAGCAGGAUAAACCUAGUGAUACCUACCGAUUACGAUGAUCCAUAUUGUUAGCAACUAAAGUACAGCAAGCUGGAGUAUUUAAUGUUGAAGAUGCACUGGUUAGCUAUGAUAAUGUGCCUGUAUGCUGGACUAGCUAGUGCACGCACAGAAGAAGACCAGCAGGCAUCAAAUAUAGAUGGAAUUCCCAACUCUCCUCCAGCACAAUGUUUCUACAGACCAGCAACGGACUGUCCAAACAUGGGUGCGGAUUCAAACAAGUGUCCUUGCAAGAAGAUCACACUUGCCAAUGUACCUGAACCCUAUGCUGCGCUCUGUUGUAACAUAAAUAGUCAGAGUUUAGACUAUGGUCUUUCUUGCAUGGGCUUUCCUUGGCUGAACAUAAGCUAUGUUCAUAUACGUAAUGCAACCUUGGAUACAUUUAAAACAAGCGAGGUUCGAUGGAGGAAACUGAAAUCAUUGGCUGUGACUGAUGGCAGGAUUAGUCGAGUGAAAGGGCAGUUCCUCAUGAAGACACCCAUAGUGUGCUUGAAUCUCUCGAACAAUGCACUGGUCGAGGUAGAGAAUAACUCGUUGACGCGACUAGAGCAGCUUGCCACUUUGGAUCUGUCUUAUAACAAUCUCACUCACCUUCCAGCUUUGAACACGAACGGCCGAGAAUUCUGGUUAGACAUCUCAGGGACAAACACGCUUUGGUGCCAUGACAUAUACCAAUAUAUCAACAGAACGGGCGAAAUGCAAAUCACCUUUAAUCGCGAGAAUGAGACUGUAUGCUCUGCUAGCAAAACAUGGCAUUGGUUUAACACUACGGAGCAAGUGCCGCUUAAACAAGUCCGUUAUCUCAGCUCGUUGCAAACCGAAUGUCCGAAAGGCGAUACUUGGCAUUGUCAGUGUAAUGUUAGCAGGCUGGACAUUGUUGAGGGCAAGCCGCCUACCUUCGCCGUGUACGUAGAUUGCAGCGGCAUUCAACUAACGGAACUGCCAGAGAAGUUGCCGCGCAACACCAUAACGCUCAAUGUUUCCUAUAAUAACAUCACCGUCUUGGAUGAUCUGAGCACCAAUCCGUGUUACGAACAUCUACGUGAGUUCUACGCGGAUUACAAUAAUAUCACCUCGAUAAACAAGCUAGAAGGCUCCAAGUUUCUCGACAAUUAUGCUCUCCUGAGUCUACGGUACAAUAAAAUCAAAUCACUGCCAACGUAUAUCCUAAGUCCAAACGUAUACAAUAAGAACUUCGCGACUCUGAGCUCGCGGUUAGUCAAAUUUGGCGGUAACGAAUUACACUGCGACUGCAACACCGCUAAAUUUCUAAAGGCAUGGUUGCAGACGCGGAUAUUGGACGCCGACGAGGUGAUGUGCGAGAAUGUGAAGGAGAAAGUUGUAGAUCUAGACGCGUCGAAGAUGUGCGUGUAUCCGGGAGACUGGACUGACUAUAUAUAUUAUAUUAUCGGCAUCGAGGUAAUGAUUCUCAUCGGCUUGAUAGUCAAGGUAUCGUACGACUAUUGGGUGUUGAAGACUGCAGGAUAUCUUCCGUGGCCGGCGAAUAGAAUGCCGAAAUUACCUUGCGAUUGGCUGUGCGAAAGAUUCACAAAGUAAUCUCUGUAUGUGCAAGCCCAUGACAGGCGUUUGAUAAGAAUUUAUAUCGUUUAAAACGUGUGCAAUCGUUAAGAGAAAAAGAUGUCAGGAUAUAUAUAAAAAUUGCGUGUUGCGUUUAUAUCUAACCCAGUUCUGGGAAUCUAAUAUAAUCUGCGCGUAUUUCUAUCUCGACAGCGUGAAUUUCAUCGCUGGGCAUCUCCCGAUCGAGAUCCGUCAGCCGAAACGAGUGCUUUAAUAUAAUCGCGCAACUUGUGUGCAAUACGAAGUAUAUUACAAUAUUUUUGCAAGAGGACAGUUUCAUAUUAAAGGAGAGUAAAGCGUUCUAUGUAAAAGACUUAAGGAAAUCAUAUAUACGUAAUAUUACAUAUAAACUGUUCCCCUCUCCCCCAAUAAUAUUUGUAAAUGUAAUUGUACUUUUGUGUAUGUUUUUCUGCAAUAUCUUUUUUAUAUAUGAUCGUU